AUGGAUACAAAUGCAAGCAGUUCAUUUCGUUGGAUUCACACUGAUCCAUUAUCUGCUCUGUGGAAUUCAGCAGAUUAUUUGCCUAUAAAUGAAGUUACAAUAGGUGCUGAUCAUAAAACUGUUAUUAUAUUGGAUCAUUCUCCUCAUUUUGCGACUAAUUCAAAUUUUAAAAUCGAUUUACCUGUAAAAGAUUCGAGCACCGGACAAAUGCGUGUAAUUAACCAAGUAGAAAAGACCUUGUGGACUUGUGCUGUAGAAUCAGCUCUUGAAUUCCAUAGAAUAGUGGACGAAAUAUAUCCAGAUGGCAUGCGGCUGAUGCGCUUUGUUGUUUCUGAUUUUGUUGGUCGAUUUCUUACCACGAAUUGGUGCACUAAGCUUAUCUCGGCAGAUCAGGUAGAAUAUUUUGGUUUAUUAAAGUCAUUCGCAUCAUGUGGUGUUCCUGAUGCAAAAGCAGAUUUAUCGUCGUGCUCAAUAAUUAAUGGCAUUUCGAUAGCUGUUGAAGCAAUCAGUGAACUGACAGAAUUACAAAAAAAGCAGUCAACAUUAAAUUGUGGUUCCAAAGGUGAUAAAUAUGGUAAUCGUCAUGAAAGGAAUUCAGAUCAACUUAAUGAUAAAGAACUGGGUAGUAUAGAAAGUUCUCUCAAUGGUCUUGGUGAUAACAAAAAACGGAAUUUGAGAUGUGAAAGACUUGCUGAACGUAUGAAAAAGCUGUUACCGAAAAUGAAACAAGCUACAAGCGAAAUUCAUGCGUUAACUGCCGAAAGUGAUGUUAGAAAAACAUUGCCAAAUAUGGGCUCAAUUGUUGUAUUUACAUCACUUAAAAGUGAUGAAGACAUUGCAGUGUUGAUGAAGCACAUUACGGAAGAUAUCAUCAGUCGCAAUAAAAUUGUAAAAGCUUUGGAUGGAGACAAAAAUUUCGCUCCAAUCACACAUAUUCAAGUGUAUUUUAUAAUUAUGUAUCCUGUGAUGGAUGGAAACAAGGAUAAAAUCGAUCUCCCUACCACGAAACCUCUUACUAAGGUAAACGAAUUUGUUUCAUGCAGUGUUGUUUGCGCUGAAGCUGGUUCGUUCUUGCGACCUACUUUGCAUGGUGUUAUUUUGAAACAUUUUGACUUGGCUUCGACGACUGUGACCAGCAUUCCAAUGAAAGAAGAGGCACAACAAGGACAGUCUGUGAACUAUGAUGUAGAAGUAUUUCAUCCUCGUCGAAGUCAUUAUUUGUUACAAAAACUUGGAUUAAUUGGUUCAGGUUCUAAAUUACAAGUGACCGUGAACUCUGGUAAUUAUAAGACCGUUAGACUAGCUUGGACAACUCCAUCUGCAAAAAAUCGGUGGAAUCAGUUUCCUCGUUGUAUAUCUGCUCUUCCCAUCUCACCAGCAAGCGUAAAUAGCCGACCAUCUGUAUGCCUUACUUCAUUUCUUCUUAGUGGCAGGAAUGUCAUGCUUGAGGUAAAACAAAAUACUCAGUUACCUCGGGAUGUCGCGCCUAAUUUCAAUCAAAAGCUCAUUUCACAUCUAUUAGUAUGCCAUUCAGGAAGAAUUUAUAUCCACACAAUACAUAUUGGACAUCAUCCAAUUCUUGAUGAAAAAAGGUUCCUGGCGAAUUCAGUACUUCCCAAACCAGUCAAGCAACUUCGUGUUUCUGAUUUAAUCACUUUAAUGAAAGAGACACGUCUUACCGUUGUGAAGCAAGAAGUAGUUUCUCCAUCUUCCUCAAAUAAUUCGAAAGAGUUUAAUGAGCAAGCUCGUAAGCAGUUGCGAAGACUUACUCGUUACUGGCCUUUAAAGUUAAAUGACGCUUUCAUUUAUAACAUACCAGGGAAAUUUGACCCGCUUCUAAUGUUAAUGCGACAUAGUGAGCUUUCGACGAGUGAUGUUAAUAGAUGUAGAGAAUGUAUAUGUGCACUGAUGGUUUAUAAGGAGUCAAAAGAACCAUUAACUUCAAAAAGUGUAGACUGCAUAAAGUUUAAGAAUCCCCUUAGUAGGGAAGAGCAGUUUCAAUAUGCUUGUGAAGAGCUUCUUAAUCACUUACGCAACUAUGUAAAUCAUUCAGAAAGGCAUCUUGAAGUCUACAACAUGUUUUUACAAAUUUCGGGUCUUGAUCGUGGGACUCACCUUUCAGUCCAAGAUGUAUCACUUUCUAAAAAUGGAUCAACUGCAAGCUUUUCAUCAGUACCCGCUCGAGGAAGUCAUUCACCGGUGGAUAUAAUGCAGUCUGAAAUGUCACCAGUAAUAAAGAAACCACGGAAAUUUCUACACUCCUGGGGAGUAAACGAAAGGCUUAAUCUUCAUGAUUAUUAUUUGGAACGAUAUCAAAAAAGACAUUGGAUGAAAUGGAAAGAUUUUCCUGGUCGUAUUAAAGCUGGCAAUAAACCUGCUAUACUAUAUCCAAAUUUGGACCUUGGAAAAGCAUCUGGUGGUGAUGAAGCUGUCUGA